AUGAUAACGCAGAGUAAACCAGCUAAUGAUGUUGAUAAAAACUUAAGGCUUGGAUUUCGUGUAGUUUGCUCUACGGCACUCUAUCCAUUGGAGUAUUCGAAAACUCUUAUCCAGCUUGGUUAUGAACCGAUUGCCCCUCGCCCUGGUCGAACGUUGUUUGGUGCAAGACGUAUGAUGCUUCCGAACAUUUUCCAGUAUGCCGCAUACAUUAAGAGUGUGGACGGAUUCACAGGAUGUUUCCGAGGUCUCAGUGCUAGACUUGUUGGAAACUUGCUAAGUGCACACUUCAGCGAAAAAGUUACAGUAGCGCUGUUGGGAAAGAAGAAAGCUCGUAUUACGCAAUCUGUGAGAGAAACUCUUCCAGAUUUCAAAUUUUUUGGUUUGGACGAGUUUGAAGAAAUAGAGGACACAAGCCCUGACACGAAAGAAGACAUGGUUUAUAAAGCCGUGACGCACUUUUGUGGUGUAAUUAUAUCGCACCCAUUCCACGUGAUUUCCAUUCGUAUGAUGGCUCAAUUCAUUGGUCGGGAGCAUAUGUACGAUGGUUUGUUUGGUUCGAUAAAAGAAAUCUGGGUGCACGAGGGCAUAUCCGGCUUCUUUUCUGGGCUCAUCCCACGCUUGUGGAUGGACUUCUGUUGUAUAGCCGUCACCAGUGCGAUCACGUAUUUCUUAAGUAAGACGGUUCGUGGCUACGUGGAUACCAUCGCUCACUUUACUGUUACAAGCGUGAUGUAUCCGUACCAUGUAGUAUCCACUUGCAUGGCAGUCCAGGGUUCCAGAUUAAGAGCUGGCAAUCCUCCCUUAAUGGAUCAUUUUAUCAACUGGCGUUAUUGUUAUGCUAGCUUGCUUUUAAAUGGAGAACACAAGCGAGGAUCUUCUUUCUUUUUCCGAAGCGUGGCUAGAGCACAGAUUAAGCCAAACAACGCAUUUGCUCCAUAUCCGGAUCUUAAGUAAAUCUAUAACUGAAAUUUUCCUCGGUCUCGGUGUCACAUACUGCAGCCAUAAUUUUGUUGUUAGAAUUCGUUGGUUUGUCUUACCCUAAGUUCCAUUUGCAGAUAUUUGGCCUUGUAUCCAAAAUGUUUAAAUAUGUGCAUUUAUUCAUUUAUUUUAUGUAGUUGUUUUUAAAUAACAUCAGAGUGUCUUUGUAUCAAUCCAAAAAUUAAAAAAAAUUCUUAAGUGCACUAACGGUCAUAUAUUAGAUGUGCUGGAUCGAAAAUUGUAUAACGCAAGUUCGUAAUUAGAGCAAGCAACAGAAAAUUGUUAUCGUGCAAAACGAAUGGAUGGGACAAGGUUGAAUACCUCUUCUAAUAGUAGUACUUGCCGCAGUCAAAUACCAUUUAUGAGCCAAUCAA